UGCAGGCUUAGGAGAUGCCUGGGACAAGGAGACCACCUUCUCCGGGCAAAAGGAAAAGGAGGUGACAGGCGUUGGGACCACUGAGGGGAACCCAUGGCUAGGAUCAGUUUUUCCUACCUCUGCCCAGCCUCCUGGUACUUUACUGUGCCCACAGUGAGCCCAUUUCCCCGUCAGCGGGUGGCAUUCCUAGGACUCUUCUUCAUAUCCUGCCUCCUUCUACUUAUGUUAAUCAUGGACUUUCGACAUUGGGGUGCUUCAUUACCACGAGAUAGGCAAUAUGAAAGGUAUUUGGCUCGAGUAGGGGAGCUUGAAGCUACUGAUACUGAAGACCCAAAUCUAAAUUACGGACUUGUCGUGGACUGUGGCAGCAGUGGCUCCCGGAUUUUUGUUUAUUUUUGGCCAAGACAUAAUGGGAACCCCCAUGAUUUGCUGGACAUCAAACAGAUGAGAGACCGCAACAGCCAACCGGUGGUUAAAAAAAUCAAGCCAGGAAUCUCUGCAAUGGCAGACACUCCUGAACAUGCCAGCGAUUACCUUCGUCCUCUGCUGAGCUUUGCUGCUGCUCAUGUGCCUGUGAAGAAGCACAAGGAGACCCCCCUCUACAUUCUGUGCACCGCGGGCAUGAGGCUUCUUCCUGAGAGGAAGCAGUUGGCUAUCCUGGCUGACCUAGUGAAAGAUUUACCACUGGAGUUUGACUUCCUCUUUUCACGGUCUCAGGCAGAAGUGAUCUCUGGGAAGCAAGAAGGGGUUUAUGCAUGGAUUGGAAUCAACUUUGUUUUGGGAAGAUUCGACCAUGUGGAUGAAUCAGAUGCUGAAGCCCCGCAGGAAUUGGCAGCAGGACGCAGAAGGACAGUAGGAAUACUGGAUAUGGGAGGAGCCUCUCUCCAAAUUGCUUAUGAAGUUCCUACCUCAACCUCAGUCCUUCCUCCAAAACAGGAAGAGGCUGCGAAGAUCCUGCUGGCUGAAUUCAACCUGGGCUGUGAUGUGCAUCACACCGAACAUGUAUAUAGGGUUUACGUCACCACCUUUUUGGGUUUUGGGGGCAACUUUGCCCGACAGCGCUAUGAAGACCUUGUGCUGAAUGAAACGCUUCACAAAAACAGGUUGUUGGGCCAGAAGACAGGUCUGAGUCCUGACAGUCCAUUUCUGGAUCCUUGCCUGCCCGUGGGACUCACAGAUGUGGUGGAGAGGAACAGCCAGGUCCUGCAUGUCCGAGGAAAAGGAGACUGGUCGACUUGUGGGGCAAUGCUGAGCCCCCUGCUGGCUCUCUCUAACACCAGCCAGGCCUCCCUGAAUGGCAUCUACCAGUCACCAAUUGACUUCAACAACAGCGAGUUCUACGGUUUCUCUGAGUUUUUUUACUGCACGGAGGAUGUGUUGCGCAUCGGUGGCCGCUACCAUGGGCCAACAUUUGCCAAGGCUGCUCAGGACUACUGUGGCAUGGCUUGGUCAGUACUAACUCAGAGAUUCAAGAAUGGCCUUUAUUCAUCACAUGCAGAUGAGCAUCGACUCAAAUAUCAGUGUUUUAAAUCGGCUUGGAUGUACCAAGUCCUUCAUGAAGGAUUCCACUUUCCCUAUGACUACCCAAACCUACGGACAGCCCAGCUGGUAUAUGACCGGGAGGUUCAGUGGACGCUGGGAGCCAUUCUGUAUAAAACACGAUUCCUACCACUCAGGGAUCUACGGCAGGAAGGUGUCCGACAGGCCCAUAGUAGCUGGUUCCGUCUCUCCUUUGUCUACAACCACUAUCUCUUCUUCGCCUGUAUCCUGGUGGUGCUAUUGGCCAUCAUCCUGUACCUUCUGCGGCUACGCCGAAUUCACCACCGACAGACUCGAGCCUCAGCUCCAUUGAACUUGCUGUGGAUUGAAGAGGUGGUGCCCAUGAUUGGGGUACAGGUGGGGCCUUGAGGCUGAGUAAGGACUGUGGAAGCUCAAGUACUCCAGAGUUGCUGCUCAUUGAAUUCCACCACUUUCUUGUAAUGGCUUCGGAUGCUGUUUUGCCUGACCUGGUGGAUAUUUUGGCAUUGGAAUUUCCACUUUAAUAUCUUCUUUAAUUCCUCUCAAUCUCCAGGUCCUCUUAUCUGAGAGAAGCUGUAACUUAGUCUGUGAAGAACUAAGUAAUGAGAGAUUGGUGCUAACAAAGGUGACCAGCCUUAGUCCAAUUGAAGCACGCUUCUCCUUUAUCUGAGAGAUCUGGUGUGUUGCAGGGAUCUAGACUUUUCUCCCCCUGCUAAAGCAUGAAGUUUGGCAGUGGGCACCCUGGAAGCUGAGGUGAAACCAAACUUGGAGCGUCUGAUACAAACCGAAGACAUUCUAGCAAGUGCAGCAGCCCCUUCUUUCUCUGUAACAGAGAGAUCAUUUAUGUGGAGGUCCACAACCCUUAAUAGGGGUCCAAGAUAAUUUGCAGUUCAGUGGAACAGAUAUGAAUUUCCAGGCAACCAAAAUAACACAGCUUCUUUGUUUCUUUGACAAAGAAGCCACUGAGUGUGGACCAAGGUCCCUGACAGUGUUGCUGAUAUUAGUAUGUGAUUUUAAAAGGUUAGAACCCCUUCUAAAUGAAUGGAUCAUCAAAGAUUUUGACUAAGUCUUAUCUGAUGUCUUGUAUGACCAGGACAGAAAAAUUUUCCAUGUCUAUGUGCCUCAGAGGCUGUUUGGGCAUUAAUUUUUCUUUUUGAGUCUUAAAUAUGCUUGUAGGAUGGAGAAACUGUGAUGGGUAUUGGAGACCUGGGUUUGGUUUCAGGUCACUGUCCUAUAGGCCUUUUUUAAAAAAAAAAAAAAUUAUUUUUUUUACUGAUUUUAUUGGGCUGACAUUGGUUAAUAAAAUUAUUUAGGUUUCAGGUGUACAAUUCUGUAAUACAUCAGCUGUAUAUUAUAUGGUGUGUUCACCACCCCAAGUCUCCAGGCCUAUUUUUAUGAGUCCGUAUACAGGAAGAUUCAAAGGAGUUCCUUUAUUUCACUGCUAAGAUCAAUAAAAGCAAUAGUUUGGGAAGGGAUAUAUUUGGGUUGUUUUUAUAGAAGGAAAGAACAAUAUCAGGAUAGUGGGCAAAGGCAAUAAAAUCCAAGUUCUUAUUUAUUCAUUUUUCUGAGAAAGCGAAAUUUUCUCAAUUUGACUCUGGGUUUGUCUGAAAAGAAGCAAAUUCUAAACUUUGGAAUAAAUAGAUAAAUCUGUUAUUAAGCCACAUGGAAACUUUCAGAACCUUUGUUAAAAGAUUGCUCAGUCACAAUCAGCAUUUCCAUUAAUGAGGAGAGAGGAAAAGCCAUAGUUAUUGCAUUUUCAUCCGUGACCCUCCAGGAGCUUUGCUCCUCCUGGCCUUUACGUUGCAGGAGGAUUCAUUCAUGAACUUCCACCUUCUCUCAUGGUACGUUCUUUAUACUUUAUCCUUUCCUAUAUGUAGCCUUGAAUGUCCUGCCCAAGAAUGUGCUCCCAGAGUUGAAGUAGCUUUCUUUUCUUUGUCAUCUUGAUUUCUAAAAUUAGAUAACUAGGGGAAAUGGACCUUGACUUUCAAGGGGAAAAAAGUGAAAACGAUUUUUUAUUUUUUUCUCCCUUUAAUUCUCACUCAAGGAUAUACUUUUAUCGAUUCUUAGAACAGGAGAGAAACAUCAAUGUGAGAGACAUUGAUCAGCUGCCUUCUGCAUGGACAAUUCUAGCUAUUUAGGUAUGUGCUCUGACUGGGAAUCGAACAUGCACCUCACCCUCAUCCCCAGUGCACAGAUAAUACUCCAAGCAACUGAGCCACCUGGCCAGGGCAGAAGUGAAAUUCUUAAAAUGUAAAUUUCAUAUUGGAAGCAGAAGGGAAUUAAAUGCUUCAUAAAACAGAGAAAAAUCAAGGUAAAAAAAUGACAAGUCUUGAACGGUUUUCAAAUUAGAUAAUAAUGGAUCUGGCCAAGUAUCUUAUAGUUUCCUUUGGAAAUAUACUUUUAGGACUUAUAUCACAGUAAUUUCUAAGACUUCUAAAUUACCUUGAUUUUCUUUGACUUAUCUGUCACUGUAAGCCCUCGCCUUAUGAAUGCUGCUUAUAAAUAAUGUCAAAAUGUUUUUCUUAGUCCUUGCCUACUCAGGUAACUCUUUUCCUUUCACCUUGGUUUCCAAAUACUAUUUGCCAUUUUUCUUGUAGAUCUAGUCAGUGAUCUAGUCAAAAGCUAUCUAAUAGGCUAACAGUGAUCCCUUUCGUGUCUCAAAAUGAAGUUGAAGCAGGGAGGAGGUGGUGAUUAGUCCAGAUUGAAAGCUCUUAUGAAGUUAUUCUUCCUGGUUAUAAUAAUAAUAGCUGCCAUUUGUUAAGCCCUUAAUGUGUACCAGACAUUCUGUUCAGAUUUUUAUAUAUAUUAUUCAGUCAUAUGGCAUUCUU